AUGGUGCAUAUGUUUUCAUUUCAGGACGAGGAGGAUCUGUUCAUGGUGGUGGAUCUGCUGUUGGGUGGGGAUUUACGCUUCCAUCUGCAGAAGAAGGUUGGCUUUAACGAGCAAACAGUCAAGCUGUACAUCUGUGAGCUUGUGUUAGCGCUCGACUAUCUGCAGCGCUCGCACAUCAUCCACCGUGAUAUAAAGCCAGACAACAUUCUCUUGGAUGAACAUGGUCAUGUCCACAUCACAGACUUCAAUGUGGCCACGAUUCUGCAGGGCUCAGAAACAGUCUCCUCAAUGGCAGGAACCAAACCCUACAUGGCACCAGAGGUGUUUGUCUCGUUCGUGGACGGAGGUGUGGGAUAUUCGUUCGCUGUGGACUGGUGGGCUCUCGGCAUCACUGCAUACGAGCUCCUGCACGGAUCGCGUCCAUUUGAGAUCCGCUCCAGUACAGCAGCGGCUGAGGUCCUCUGCAUCAUCCACAGUCAGCAGCUGCACUUCUCUUGCAUCUGGAGCCCAGGAAUGAAGCAUCUGAUCCGCAGUCUCCUAACCAGAGACCCCUCAAGUCGCCCGUCGAGUCUGUCUGAGGUCCAGGCGUCUCCGUAUCUGGCAGAUGUGGAUUGGGAUGCCGUGCUGCAGAAAUCCGUCUCACCUGGAUUCGUUCCAAACAAGCGCCGUCUGAACUGUGACCCCACAUUUGAGCUUGAGGAGAUGAUUCUGGAGUCCCGUCCACUGCACAAGAAGAAGAAACGCCUGGCCAAGAGCAGAAACCAACCCUCCAACCCGCUGCCGACGCACGUGCAAAGAAGUUUAGACUCGCUGGCAGAAGAUUUCAUUGCCUUCAACAGAGAAAAGAUGAAGCCGCAGCGGCGUUCGGUUUCUGAUAAACCAGCUGCAAAUAAACACUGUGAAGGACAAAACAACAGCAACAUGAUGAUGAUGAAGAUGAUGAAGAAGCACAGCAGCUCUGAGCUUCACUGA